UUCACUCACACACAAAAUCUUUUAAUAUGCGUUUCUCGAUCAUUUCCGUUGCUGCCGCUGUCUGCCUCAUUGCUGGUGUCCAAGCUGCUCCCGCUCCUCCAGCUGAUGGUGCUGGUGCUGGUGCUGGUGCUGCCCCACCCAACCCUGUUUCAGCCUUGACCGACGGUGCAACAGGAGGACUUCCUGUUAACACCAAAGCUGCUUCCGGUGCUGUUACUGGCCUUACUGCUGGUACUGCUGGUGUCCCUGCCACUGGUCUCCCUAUUGGCAAACGCGCUGCUGGUGCUGAUUCUGCCACUGGAGUCCCAAACAGCACUGAAGGUUCAUCUGGCACUGGUGUUGGUGGAAGUGAAGCAUCCUCUGCAGGCAAACCCCAAGGUGCAAUCCACGCUACCGUUGAUCAGACCAAGAAAAUUGCACAAACAGUCAAAAAGGCCGCCCAAGCCAACGGUUCCGCUAACGGUGCCGGAUCCCAAAAGUUGACUGGACCUGUCGGCAACACUGUUGGCCAAACUGAAGGCAAAGUUGUGGGCAACGGGCAGCAACCCGGUCUUGUAGGUUCUGCUGCCCAGGCUGUUCCUCAGUAAAACAUGUCACUAAAAUCCCCCAUCGCACCUUCCUUUCCAAUUUACAACAAAUGUUACUUAUCUCCUUUGUUUCAAUCCCUUUUGUCCUUUUAAAACACGCUAUUAGCUUAUACCCUUCUAUAGCUAGUAGUAUUCCGACAAAAGAUGAAAAAAAUAUAUUUUGCCUGU